AUCACAUUGCUAAUACUACAGAUCAUCCACAAACAUCAUUAAUGUUCUUAGUAGUUGGCCUGGCUUAGUAGUUGGCCUGCUCCAUCGCUGUUAUGCCAGUCCCAGGAGCAAGAGGGAACGUCUUUUUAUCUUGGGCACAGUCCUAUGCUGAAUUUUACAAUUCAUCUGAUUGUUGGGUAUGUAGUGCUAUGCCGCUGUCAGUGGGAAGCCUCCCAUGGUGGGUAGCCCCCUUACAAACAAAAGAUCUUUCAGCAGUUUGCGAUUUUUUAAGACAACAAAAAGAAAUGUAUUCCAUGCUAAAAUCCCAAAAUGUUUCGGCUCUUGCAUGGUGUUCACAGUCUGAUUGUAACAGUGAGGUUAUAUUUGAUGUCAAUAUAACUAAUAUGGAUGCUAUGGACAUUUACAUUCAUGAACUGAAUUCUACUAAUAAGAAUGAAAAAGGAGGACGUCACAGAACCGCUCGUUUUCAAGAUAAAUUUUAUCAAAUAUGGGACCAAUUUAUGUGGAUGACGUCUGAAACUGGACAAUUAAUCAGUUCAGCCGACAUUUGCUGGGAACAAAAGGAACAAAAAUGUGGCUACAAUCAUAUGAACUUAUCCAACAAGGACUGGAGGUACAUGGGAAAAAUUGCACCAAAAUUAUGUAAACUAAUUGUGGAUGUUACUUUUGAUUGUAAUAAGCCUUUUAGUUGGCCCGGUUCUGAUUGAAAUAACCCUGGCCUACUAUGGUCUGCACCUAAUGGCACUAAAUGGUUAUGUGAAAAAAAUGUUUGGCCUUGGUUACCUGUGGGAUGGGUUGGCCGUUGUACACUUGGUUUUGUCAUGGCUCCAGGAAGAAUUGUAAAAACUGUUGAUAGUAUCCCAGCUAAUUUACCCAACUUGCAUGCCCGCUGGGGAAGAUCUGUAUUUGAUUGGUAUGAUUAUUUGGCAUCUAUAUUUAUACCUCCAUUGGGUAAUAUAGGUAUAAUGACUAAAGUUGACGCACUGACCAAUUUUACUCAAAAGGCCCUCUUAGAUGUAAAACGGGCUAUUGAAGAUUUAAAUGAGGAGCAAAAACAAAUGAGAAAAGCUGUUAUACAAAACAGGAUGGCUUUGGAUAUUAUUACUGCUACACAAGGAGAAACUUGUGCCAUUAUAAAGUUUCAUACCGGAUGUUGUGUGUUCAUACCUGAUUUAUCUGAGAAUGUAUCCCGAGCUGUUGAAGACAUACAAAGACAAGUUAAGGCGAUGGAUAAUCCUAAAUCACCCUUUUUUAAUCAAUUUAUAGAAUGGUUUAAGACUGAUUGGUGAAAACAUGUUUUUGUGAUUAUUGUUGUAAUAUUGAUCAUUUUGUGUUGUGGACCUUGGACCUUGUAUGGUACAAUGUCUGUCUGAUUUUAUAACUCAAAGAAUGCUGAUGUUUACCCAAAUCACUUUUAAGAAAAAAUUAUCAAUAUAACACUCUUUCCUUGACCUCUCCGUAGCUUAUUAGUCCUAAAAUAAAAAAGGGGGAGCUGCGGGGAGCCACUCACAACCUGAGGGCUGAGGGCAAAGAGAAAAGGCCUAAAAACCUUGAAGUGCUGAAAGCAGGGCUCUGGGAAUGAUCAAAGAGACAUUCCCUGUCCCACCACCCCGAGAGUUAAUAAAGUUAAAUGGCCACCAGAUGUUUUUCUUUAGAUGUUCUGCUUCAGAGAGGUUAAGGAAUCUAGAUAAACAGGAUCUAGUUAAUGGCCGGAAUGAUAAGGAUCUUAAAAGCUAUAGUUAAAAUGUUUUGCUAGAAAUUGUAAACCUUGAAGAUUGAGACAUUUGUCUUUUACAACUGGACAUGUAAAAGAUCGGUAACAGUAGAAAUAGUAUAUAAGUAGCUUGAAAAAUAAAGCGGGCGGCGACUUUUAGCCUAGCGUCUUGCAGGCUUGAAGUGCGUCCCUCUCGACCCCACUCUUUGUCUUGUCUCUUUCUUUCUCAGUCUCUCAGCCACACCAUCAGGACCUGUUGACUCUCUGGCUGGCCCCGGCAUACAUGCUGGUAUAUAUCCAUGAAAUAUAUAUUAAUAUAGCUAAUAUAACAUUAUAAAUAUUAUUACAUAUAAUAAUAUGAUAAAUUAAUAUAUAGUCACCCAACAUAAACUAUAUACAAUGUGAAUAAAUGCAUUAAGAGCUUGGUCAAGCAAUUCUAAGAUCCAAAAUGCAUUUCUUGAGAGUUGGUAUCCCUAAAUUUUAUAAAAAGAUGAGAUGAAAAACAAUUAAGAAAGAUCAGAAACUUUUAUGUGUUGGUGAGCCAAAAGAAGACUGAUUUUAAAUGAAACAUUAAAUAACAAUCUGUCAUCUAAAUAGUAUUUUAUUGUCCAUUAAAUUCUUUCCAUUUUCUCCAUUAUAAGAGGAAAGCAACAAAAUAAAUGGCUCCCGGGAAUCUCACUCAAGUGACAGAAUUCAUGCUAAUGAGAGUCUCAGACCGUCCGGGGCUCCAGAUCCCGCUUUUCUGCGUGUUCCUGGUCAUCUACGGGCUGACCGUGGCAGGAAACGUGGGCAUCAUCACUCUUACUAGUGUUGACGCCCAGCUUCAAACCCCCAUGUACUUUUUCCUCCGGCACUUGGCCAUCAUCAAUCUUGGCAAUUCUACCGUCAUUGCCCCUAAAAUGCUGGUGAACUUCUUGGCUACAAAGAAAACCAUAUCUUACUAUGGAUGUGCAGCCCAACUGGGUGGGUUCUUAGUUUUUAUCAUGGCUGAGAUUUUCAUGCUGGCUGCCAUGGCUUACGACCGCUACGUGGCGAUUUGCAACCCCCUGCUCUACACCGUGGUGGUCUCCCCGCAGACCUGCCUCCUGCUGGCGUCCCUCACGUACCUCUACAGCCUGACCACCGCGCUGACUGUCUCCUCCUGUGUGUUCUCUGUGUCCUACUGCUCCUCCAAUGUGAUCAAUCAUUUUUACUGUGAUAACGUCCCCUUGUUAGCAUUGUCCUGCUCUGAGACCUACAAUCCAGAAACAGCAGUGUUUACCUUUUCAGGGACCAACUUGUUUUUCUCUAUAAUUAUUGUUCUCACAUCAUACUUCAACAUUGCCCUGGCCAUUUUGAGGAUGCGUUCAUCAGAGGGGCGAUGGAAAGCCUUUUCCACCUGUGCUUCCCACAUGAUGGCUGUCACUGUGUUUUAUGGGACUCUCCUCUUCAUGUAUCUGCAGCCAAGGACCAACCACUCAUUGGAUACUAAUAAAAUGGCCUCCGUAUUCUACACGCUAGUGAUUCCAAUGCUGAACCCCCUCAUUUACAGCCUAAGGAACAAGGAUGUGAAGGAUGCAUUGAAGAGAUUCCUGGAUAACCCAUGUCAUUCACUCAAAAUAGUAUAAAUUUAAAACUACAGCUAUCUUCAUUUAAGGGUUUUAUUUAGUCCUAAAAAAUGCUGCAAAGUG